AUGGCUUCGACGACUCUAGCUAUGAUAGUCGUGCGAGCGACACCAUCAACCACCCUCCCCGCUCUCCCCUCCGCCUUCAAAACCGCAACAGCAACCGCCUCCUGCACCACCGCCAUCCCAGGGAAACAUGGAUUCGUAUCCGACCCCAUGGCAUGCAACGCGUACUGGAGCUACAACCCCUCCUUCGCAGCCGCCAUCCUCUUCUCCGUCCUCUUCGGCCUCCUCCUCUUCACCCACAUCGCCGAAGCCUUCAUCUACAAAAAGACAUACACCUGGGUCCUCCUCAUGGGUGUCGCCUGGGAAUUCGUCUCCUUCUGCACGCGCGCCGCCUCGACCCUCAACCAACAAAACCUAACCCUCGUCAUCGUCUCUCAAAUCCUGCUCUUGCUCGCUCCUCUAUGGAUCAACGCCUUCGCCUACAUGACCCUCGGCCGCCUAAUCCACUUCUUCCACCCGGCCCGCCGCAUCUGGCGCAUCCCCGGCGCCUCGGUCGCCAAGUACUUCGUGUGGGCCGACGUCGUGUCCUUCCUGAUCCAGGGCACCGGCGGCUCCAUGCUCUCGCCCGGCAGCGACGCCUCGACCCAGAAACUCGGCAUCGACGUCUACAUGGCGGGCGUGGGCGUGCAAGAAGGCUUCAUCCUGCUCUUCGUACUGCUGGCCGCCACGUUCCAGCGGGAGAUGGGCCGCGUCGAGCGCAGCGGGGCGGGCGUCGCGGCGGGGCGGGGCGGGUGGCGCGGCGCCGUGGGCACGUUGUAUGCGGUGCUGGUGCUUAUCUCGAUCCGCAUUAUUUACAGACUGGUUGAGUACUCGCGCGGCUCGAACCCCAAUAACCCGCUCCCGUUCCACGAGGCGUACGUGUAUGCGCUGGAUGCGACGCCGAUGAUGCUGGCGGUGCUGGUGCUGGCCGUCGGGCAUCCCGGGCGCGUGCUGGUGGGGCCCGAGAGCCAUUUUCCGAGUUUGAGUCGGAAGGAGAAGCGGGCGGCGAAGCGGGCUAAGAAGGCGGAGAAGGCGGAGAGGAAGGCGGGGAGGAGGGAGGGGAAGAGGGGGGUGCAGUUGGAGGAGGGGGUUUUCAGGAGGUGA